AUGGCGCCUCCGCCGCGGCGAAACCCCGACGGCAGCGGCAGCAGGCGGAAGCACGAGGAGCCGUGGCUCGCCGCGGGCAUCCGCCCGGCCAACUUCCUCCCGGGCCUGGCCAUCGGGUUCCUGCUCGGCCUGCUCCUGGACCUGUCCUCCUCCUGGAGACCCAGGUUCAGCCUCGGCCCGGCCCCGCCUGCCUCGGCGUCACGGGGCUCCAAGCGGUCCGGCGGUUCGUCCGCCGCCCCAGGUGAAGAGCUUAAGAUGGUUCUAGUCGUGCGUCAGGACCUGAAGAUGGGAGCUGGAAAAAUAGCGUCUCAAUGUGCCCAUGCAGCAACUGGACUUUAUGCGGAACUGUUGGCAAGCAACCGGGGCCUUUUGAGACAAUGGGAACAAUUCGGACAAGCUAAGAUUGUUCUGGCAUGCAAGAACCAACAGGACAUGAACAGGAUAAAAGAAAGUGCAGAACACCGAGGUAUCCCUACUUUUGUUGUUGCAGAUGCAGGACGCACACAGGUAUUGGCUGGGUCUAAGACAGUUCUUGCAGUAGGGCCAGGGAGGAAAGCCGACAUAGACACAGUUACUGGGAUGUUGCGCUUACUGUGAGCUGCAUCUUGGACAUGGUCACAUCGUAGUAUUGCUUUGAGCAACUACUCCAGAGCAUUCAAGCAUGGUUCAACUGCAAAAUGUUCCUGAGUAGAAUGCUGGAUAGUAGGGUGGCACCAGGCAUGGUAGCACCCUAUG